GUCAGAAACGGAACUGGUGUGAACCGUAGCAGCAUCACGUAUGUGUAAGCCUAUACCAUGUUGUAGUGUUGCCAUAAUCGCAUAACAGGCCCAUCUUUGCUUGAUUUCCUAUUCAUAUGGGACUGUUAUGCGAUUAUGGGUGGUAGUAGUGCUGCCAAGUACUACACAAGAGCAUCACCGUAGUCGCGUGCAUUUAUGAGAGCAAACCAUGUGAAGGGCUAUCAGCAGCGGCAGCAGUGAGGAAGUAACAAGGUUCUAUUGUAGAGGACUACUAAGUGUAGACGACAAUGUGCAUUGCGGAAAAUAAUCGCAGCACUUUGGCUCAAUAAAAUACCGCAUUGGUGGAGAUCAUGGAGGAAAAAAACGACCACUAAUUUCUAUCUCAUUCCGUAAGAAUGUGAUUACGCAAAAACAAGGCGCACUCUGAAUAUUUUCUGCACGGAGAUAUUAGGCAGGAUUGUUUAAAAUAAGAACAAAAACAGUGGCCUAAUAGCAGCAGCAGCAACAAACAACCAACAACAAGCAAAAUCACAAACCUCGAGUCACCAGCAGAGCAGUUGAUUUCGGAAAGGAUCAAGUGCGUGCAGAAGCUAAUUGCGAAGAACUCAUCCCACGAAGAAGCCGGAAAAUACCAUUAUCACCAAAGAACCGAGAGGAGAGGUAAAGACAGUAACCGAAUUCCUAUCCAUUUCGCCCUACGUCACAGUCGUGAGCAGUCCGAGGGAGCACUGUAGAGCUGGUCUCUAGAACCUUCCGGAGUAGUGUGUCAAAGGCUGUCUUUCAACUUUGUAAUCAGUAUUCUUUGUGCGGUCUAGCAGCUCUAGUCGUCGACGCCGAUCCAUCGUUUACUUUACCCCUUCUAGUUGAAAGCUCGGAAGUCCAUGGCAUCGGUUGGAGUGUACUCAUUUCCGAGUGCUAUCACCGGCGGCAAUGUUGCUGGUGGGCCUGGAAGUAGCACUAACAGCGCUGUUCCUUCAGCAACCAUCGUGAAGCCCAUUACGGCUUCUGUUCCUUGCGCAUCACCCCCUUCCCAAACGGCUGUCGUUAUUCCGGCAGUUGAUACACCUGCUUCAGCGCCAUCAGCUGUAACUCCUGCACCUGCUGCAGUGGCAACUUCUAUUGCCAGUGCACCCUCUGCCGUUUCCAAUGGUGUGGCUUCGUUGAUCUCAAUGUCACCAACACCGGAAAUUAUUCCUCUGGUCAAGCCGAUUGCAUCUUCGUCUUCUGGAGCAAUAUUUGCUGAAACGUUCAAGCUGAGCGAUGGAACUCCUUUCGAUGGAUUGGAAUCCGAGUCUAGCGGUGGACGUGGACCGGGAAGUGUUGGGGCACCGGAAUCCAUCAACGGGUACUCUUUGGAACCGUGCUCGCUAUCCGAGUGUAUGGAACAGGAUUGCACGCUUUGCCAGAACAAGUACAUUUCGCCGCGCGUUCUGUCCUGUUUGCACGUCUUCUGCGAAGCUUGCCUGGACAAGCUCAUGAGUGAUGACGAGGCGAAGAAACUGGAAGGAUUGAUCGAGUGUCCUACGUGCAAUCAAACAACUAAGGUGGGAACCAAGGGCAUUACGGCGCUGCACCAGGACUACAUUCUCACCAACGUACUGGAUCUGUCGACAAUUGAACCAUCGAUGUUGGCUUGUACUUCGUGCAAGAGCAAGGAAAUGGCCAUCUCUCGCUGCAACGAUUGUGCCAAUUUCCUGUGCGCUAGUUGUGACAAUGCCCACCGGUACAUGCGUUGCUUCGAGGACCAUAAGGUUGUGCAGUUGGAAGAUCUGCGCAAGUCCUCCGAGAAGGUCGCUAUCCAUAAGCCGCUAUACUGUAGCGUUCAUCCUCCGGAGAACUUGAAGUACUUUUGCUUCAACUGUCAAAUUCCGGUGUGCAAUGAGUGCUUGAUCGGCGAACACAAGGGAAAGGAACACAACUAUCAAAUUAUCAGCGAAGCCGAGAAGCCAAUGCGGUCGGAACUGGAGAAACUGAUGAAGGAAGCCAAGACCAAGAUUGAAUACUGUAAUCAAGCAACUAGCGAUCUUGAUGCUUCGUUGCAUGAUCUGCAGAAUCAGUUUGAGACUGCUCGGGAUUUGAUCAAUGAAUCAUUUCAAAGCUUCAAGGCUGUGCUGGAAAAGUGCCGUGACAAUGCUUUGAAGAAUCUGGAAAAGCUCCACUCGGAACGCGAGCUGAAGAUUAUGGAAUUGUUCCACAACGUGGAGAAAUCCACCGAGAAGAUUGAGAAUACUGCCAAGUUCACUAAGAAGGUGUUGGAUCAGGCAAACGGACCGGAAUUGUUGAGCUUGAAGAAAAUGAUUGCAAUGCAGUUCAGCAGUCUGAUGGGCUCGACGCCAAAAGUGGACGUUAACUUUUCGCUAGAGUUCCAGACAAGCUUCGAAAAGUUCGAUCAAAUCGCUCCCGAGCUGUUCGGUACGUUCCGUACGGAGACAAGUCCACCAAGUCCGAAGGAAACGACUCCACCCCCUUCGCUGCCCGGAAUGGCCAUCAUGAUCAACAAGCCUCCGACGAACAGCAGUGGCAGUUGUGGAUUGUCUCAAGGACCCCUGACUGGUUCUGUCACUGCCAGUAGCCCAAUUUCGUUGCCAACAUCAAUGCAGUCAUCGUUCGAUGGCGAUAUCUCCAAUCUAGGAGCCAGCUACAUGUUGCCGCACGUUCUUACCCCAGAACCUCCGACAUCCACUCCAAUUGCCAACAAUCAUAUGGCAGCUGCACCAGCAACCGUUGGAGGAUCGGCUACCCUGCCAGGAUUGACCAGCAUCGCUGAGUACAAUUUGCACCGCUUGGCCAAUCUGACGGAAUCCGCUAACGAUAUUACCGAUGCGAUUGUCCCAGUCAACACGCCGACCCCCUCAACCAAUUUCACGUUGGCCGACCUGAUUUCCGGUGAUCCGAAUGCCUUCCAAGCCCUUUCCAAAUACAGUCUGAACAAUCCGGAUAUACCGGCGGGACCGAUGAUGCCACCGCAUCCCAAUAUGGAUAACCUUUCACUGCUGAACGAUUUCUCGGGCUUGCCAGGACCGGCAUCGACAAUGCUUCCAACUACACCCAUGUCGAUGGAUUCUUCGCUCAGCGGCGAAAUGGCAGCCAUGAGUCGAUUCCAGGUGAACGGACGUACGAAGGCAACUCCGAUGCAAAUACGCUGCAAAUUUGGAUCGCUCGGACAAACCAAGGGGCAGUUCAACUCACCACACGGCUUCUGUCUCGGAGUGGACGAGGAAAUUGUCGUGGCAGACACGAACAACCAUCGUAUCGAGAUUUUCGAAAAGAACGGAACAUUCAAAUUUUCCUUCGGUGUCCCCGGCAAGGAGGAAGGCCAAUUGUUCUACCCGCGGAAAGUGGCUGUGAUGCGUUCGAGCGCCAAAUUUGUUGUGUGUGAUCGCGGCAACGAACGGUCCAGGAUGCAGAUUUUCUCCAAGAAUGGACAUUUCAUCAAAAAGAUCGCAAUUCGUUAUAUCGACAUCGUUGCUGGCUUGGCUGUGACAAACAAGGGUUUAAUCGUGGCAGUUGAUAGCGUUUCCCCAACGGUCUUCAUUAUCUCCGAAGACGGAAACCUCAUCCAUUGGUUCGAUUGCAGCGACUUUAUGCGUGAACCUUCCGAUAUCGCAAUUAAUGGUUCCGACUUUUACGUGUGCGAUUUCAAGGGACACUGUGUGGCAGUUUUCUCCGAGGAGGGUACGUUCAAAUAUCGUAUCGGUAGCGAGAAGGUUACCUGCUUCCCCAAUGGUAUCGAUAUUUCCGACGCGGGUGACGUUCUGAUUGGCGAUUCACACGGAAACCGCUUCCACGUGGCUUGCUACUCCAAGGACGGACAGUUGCAGUCGGAGUACGAGUGUCCGUACGUUAAGGUUUCCCGUUGCUGCGGUCUAAAGAUCACUUCUGAGGGCUACGUAGUCACUUUGGCCAAGAAUAACCACCACGUCCUCGUACUGAAUACCCUCUACAUUCAGUGAUUGACCGCCGGGGCGAGAAUUCUCAAGCCGAAUCGUUAAGUAAGCAACCAAAACCAGCAGUAAGGUAAGUGCGUUGAUUGUUUAGAUUCGGCCCUUUUCACAUCGAGAAAAGUGGAAACCCAACUCAACGCAUAGUAGCUCAAAGCUACCAUGGCCACCCGAAAGAGAGAGAGAGAGAGAGAGAGAAAACGCAAGGGAUUUCGUACGCUUCACAUGCAAAAACGGAAGCAAAAUACUACUAUUAACUUGUACUACCUACUACUACUACUACUACUAUCGAGUCAAACCAUCGUCAGGCCACACCCGCAUCAUCGUCUUAACCGUAUUCAUUUCGGUUUUUAUCAACAAACACAAUCGUCUCACAACGCCACUGAACAAGUUUAGUGCGUGUGUUUGCGGUGUGUGCCGUUUGGUUUAUUAAAAUAAGCUGUGGUUGGUGUGUUCAUCCGGAUAAGUGUGAGAAACAACCUUACAAAACAAAAUAAUCUUUUUAAAAGAAAAGAAAGAGAGGAAAAACGAAAGAUAUUAUGUUAUUUUACCAAUAUUAUUACUAUUUUAAUUUUUCCUUUUAUCAACACUAUUUACACUUUUAUUCUUAAUAUUAUUCUAUUUUAAACAAUAUUUAUUAUCGAAAACUGAAAAAAUGAAUGAUCUCCAAUUUUUAUUUUACAACAACAAGUGCGAGAUAAAAUAUUUUAUUUUCACGUUUACACACACACAAAAAAAAAAACAAAUGUUGAAAAUUGAGACCAUACAAGCAAAAAUUGGAAUAAGCGGAAAUGGCGCAGGGUUUGUCAAACAAACGUCGAAGCCUCAUGGCAAGAUCAAGCAAAUGAAAGUAUGGUAAGAAAAGAGAGAGAGAAAGGAGGAUGCAGUAUGGUGAAUUUUAUUUUACUCUGUUUAGAAAGGCAAGAAUAUUUAUAGUAGAUAAGUUAAACGAAGCAAACGGAAGAGGAAAUGAAAAUUAAGCAAACAAACAAACCAACAAACCAGGAAAUCAAACCUUUCGAAUAUGUACAUAUUUUUACUGGUAACGCAAAAAAAAAAAAAAACAAAGGAAAGAUAAAUCUUAAAUCAUAGGCAUAA